AGUUUUGUUUUACAAGAGUAAACACCUAUUACAGCAACACAACUCCUGCCCUGUGUACAGCUAGAGUCAGGCGCUUGUGUGAUCAGAGCGCUUAUGACGGUGCUGACCCGCCGCCUCUAUAUGGUGGAGACUGUGCCUUGGCAUCUGGGCAAGCAGGUUACGCUUUCCCUGCGCUUCAUGCCAGGCUGCUUCCGGACUCUACCGUGUUAAAGGCUCCUCGUGUUUAAAGAGACAUCUCCCGCCUGUUGCUGGCUGUGUGCACAGCGCUGUAUACAGCUCUGCUCCGGCUCUCAUCACAUGUCCUGAGGAAGAACCAGGGACAGCCAGCAUGACCUCCGCAGCCUUCUUCUAAUACAAAGACUGCAGUCAACCCAGGAACCUCGCACAGGAGGUAUUUCCACUUAUAGUUAAGUUGGGUUUUUUUCUGCCAGCCACUAGGAGAUGUUUUCAAAGCAACAUAUCAAGGUCCUAUUAAUCGGGAAUGCAGGAGUGGGGAAAUCAGCACUGAUGAACCAGUACGUCAGUAGCCGCUUCACCAACCACUACAGAGCGACCAUAGGAGCUGACUUCUUCACAAAGGAACUGCGAGUAGAUGACAAGCUGGCGAUUGUUCAGAUCUGGGACACCGCGGGCACGGAGCGUUUUCAGUCCCUCGGAGCUGCGCUUUACAGGUGCACGGACUGCUGCAUCUUGGUGUUUGAUGUUACAUCCCCAACUUCUUUCGAAGCUCUCGAUACCUGGCACAAGGAGUUCUUGAUACAAGCUGAUCCUCUAAACCCAGAAAAAUUCCCCUUCGUGGUCAUUGCCAAUAAGACAGACCUAGAAGAACGUCAGGUUCUCCCUCGUCAGGCACUAGCAUGGUGCAAAACAUGCAAUGCAGAAUACUAUGAGACCAGCGCCAAGGAGGCAAUGAAUGUCGAGGAAGCAUUCCUGGGAGCCAUCAAACUAGCCUUGAAAUAUCAUGAAGAACCAGGACAAAAUUUUGAUGGCGACUCUGUGACCUUAUUAGAAAAGGAAGACCGCAAAAAGCAAAAGUGUGAAUGUUAACGUUGUACAUACAUCACUUCACCCCUAACUGGUUGUGUUCAUCAGUCUAGAUCGAUUUGUCUUAUGUUUGCUGCCACAGACUCUGGCUCGCUGCAAGUAUAAACACAAUCCUGGGCAACUUA